CGAGUUUAAAAAAAAACUUCACUCAAAUCAUUUAAAAAUAAUACUCCCUCCGUCCCAUAAAGAUAGAGACGAUUUGACUAAAGUGAUAAAAUAAAAAGGGAUACUUUUGUGUUGACUUUUCAAAAAUGUGACGGGUAAAGUAAGGUGUGAUGCAUAGAUUAUUAGGAAAAAGUGUGUUCCUGACCCGGGGUUGGCAGAGGCAAUGGCUUGUCGAGAGGCACUUAUUUGGGUGAAGGAAAAUGGAAUCCAAAACGUGGAGCUCCUAUCUGAUUGUAGUAGAGUAGUGGAAUCACUUCGAGAUGGAAGUUCCCAGGAGGAAGGGUGGCCUCUGGGACUGCAGCCCUUGAGUUUAAGGGCAGGGGUGGUGAGAAACAGAGAUCAGUACUUGUCGGCAGGGUCAUCUUCAACAUUAUCAUUCAACAGUAGUACCACUUUGCUCACUUACUCACCUGCUCCUUCCUCCACACUUUCCUCUUCUUCAGCAUUGGACACUCAGUCGAUGCGAUUGUCGUCAUCAUUAUUCAUAAAUGAUACAAUGGGAAGCCCAAUUGGGGUUCCACAAAUGGCGAACAUCUCAUCAUCAUCAUCAUCAUCAUCAUCAAGAAGAAGAGGAAGAUCAAGAAAUGAAGAAGAAGAAGAAGAAGAAGCUCAAGUAGUAGUAGCUGCAGUGGUAAAGAAGAGCCAGCUGCAGUGGAGGAAGUGUUUCUCAUUCUCGUUGUGCCCCACGGUAAGCCGCACCGAUGCCUCUGAGGCUUCCAUAGUACGACGACCUUCCUCGUCGGCGCCACUUGCCCAUUUUCUAGCUGUGGAAAGGAGAGCAAACUGCAGGCAGUUUAAGAUCAGAAGCCACCGCAGCCGAGUUCGUUUCCCAGCGAUUAAUUACGUGCCAGAUGAAUAUGAUUGUGAUGUUUAUAGGCAAGAUGAUGAUCAUAUUGAAGAGCCAAAUUCACUCUUCACAAAUGGUCACAUUGCCCCUCCCCCGCCUAAGUUGAGGGAAUGGGGAGAGCAUUAUUUUCGAGCCUGAACAUGAUGUGUGUGUGUGUGUGUGUGUGUGUGUGUGUGUGGUGAUGAGAAGGCUAGGCUUCUUCUAGCUAGGGUGUUCCAUUUUCAUUUCAUGCUUUAAUACUUGUGGUUAAACAUUGGUGUUUUCUUCACAUUAUUCUGAUCUCUUAUUAUAUCAUAUUAUUCCACCUAUUCUACAUGCACUACUUUCACAAUUAAUUAGAUAGUUAAGU